AGUUAGUUGAUGAGUGUUCAGUAUGUCUCCACCCGAGAGAAUGGCGUUCGGGGAUACUGAAAGAUGUGUAUGCGGCGAUAGUAAAUGCAGAAUUGAGCAAAUAAUGCGCAAAAUCUUCUAUUCUGAGAUGCUCCUACAUUUUUAAAUCUCAAAAUAUCACCUGAAUAACGUUUGGAGUGGAUGCAACAUGCAAUGUAUGUUUUGUUUUAUGGGAGCCAAUGAUUUAUUGUAACCUAAAAUGCAUGCAGAGUCAACAUUUUACAUGUUGAUGUUGGGUUAUAGAUGUGAUUUGGACAUAUGAGAUGCCUCGGAGGAUGUUUUGCCAUGAAGUCCAUGCUGUGGCUGUUUGUGCUCCUUUGUUAAUUGUCUCUAUGGUGAGCGUUGCAGUAGUACAGCCAGCUAUGGCUCAGUGUCUGCUCGACUCCUGCGAUAUUCAAUGCAAGUUCCCCGUUGCAUUUGCUCGGAUCGGACGCUGGUAGUUGCUGGCUCAGUCAGACGCGCGUCACGUCGGUUGCGGCUCGGUGCGCGAUGCGCGAAUACAAGGUGGUGGUGCUCGGCAGCGGAGGGGUCGGAAAGUCCGCGAUCACGGUGCAAUUCGUGACCGGCACCUUCAUCGAGAAGUACGACCCGACCAUAGAGGACUUCUACCGCAAGGAGAUCGAGGUGGAUUCGUCUCCGUCGGUGCUGGAGAUCUUGGACACGGCCGGUACAGAGCAGUUCGCGUCCAUGCGAGAUCUCUACAUCAAGAAUGGCCAGGGUUUCAUCCUGGUGUACAGUCUGGUAAACCAGCAGAGCUUCCAAGAUAUUAAGCCCAUGAGAGAUCAGAUCAUCAGGGUGAAGAGGUAUGAACGUGUGCCCGUGAUACUCGUGGGAAACAAGGUGGACCUGGACAACGAGCGUGAAGUUUCAUCAAGUGAAGGUCAAGCUUUAGCUGAAGAAUGGGGCUGUCCUUUUAUGGAGACGUCAGCCAAGAGUAAGACUAUGGUGGACGAACUCUUCUCGGAGAUUGUCCGGCAGAUGGACUAUGCCUCACAGCCAGAUAAAGAAGAUCCUUGCUGCUCGUCAUGCAAUAUACAAUAACUCAAAGCAAUCAGAAACAUGGCUUUACUGGGUUUCCAAAGGAGUAAAACAUGGGAAUAAAGAUCAUUGUUCAAGAUCUUUAUAAAUUCUGUUCCCAAGGAGAAAUAAGUGGUGAGGAGCAUCCGUUCACAUGGGCUGCAAACAAUAAAGGCCAAGGUAUACUUCGGUUUUGCGUGUGCUGGUUGCGUGACGCACAUUUUUUACCGUAAAGCAGUCAGAUUGUGCAAGCAUUGAAGUGCAUAACCAUGUGCAAGGUGGAACAGCACGUGGAAAAAUGAAAUAUACCCUAGCCUUAAGGGCUUAUACAGGUUAGAGUUGUAGUUUCAACUGGCUUUGCUUCAGGAUCCAAUUUUUGUACAGUGGACAUUAAGUGGCGACCCAACACAACAUCAAAAUUGUUUAUCGUACAAGAGUAAACAAAUAUUAAUUUAAUUAGAAUUACCAUGCACUUAGUAGGCCCAGCAAAUGCUACAGAAUUAUUAACAUCACAUAUAGAAAAUAUUUGUAUGUUUCUAAAUAUCCCUCUAAUUUUUACCUUUUUACCUGCCAAGGUUUUGUUCUUGGUUUUCCAGGGUGAGGGUAUGUCACAGAACUUAUCCAUGUUGGCAUCUACCUAAUCUGGUUAGUUUCUACCAACUGACAGAUAAAUAGGCACCAAAAUACUGUGAGUUUGAUUGGAAGGCUAACAUCCAUGGCUGGGCUUCUAAUCAAACACCACAUCAUUUUGGCACAAAUUAACUGGUAACUUUGUAGAAACUGGCAUAUAAUGACAAAUAUAGGAAGCAAGCAUCAACGAGCCAAUGAGACAUUUCUCAAAAUCAAUGAGAGUCUCAAAGAGGCGGCUCUAUUUGUGCUUUUGGAAAUCCAAUAAUUGUAUUCUGCCUUGAUUUAAAAUAGAUGCGGCUCAAACGGAUCUUGCACAUACUUAUCCAUCAAACGCUCUGUUUUCUUCAGUGUGUAUGUGCCCUAAUUAAACACAAAGAUUUUAAAAAAGGUCAAAGUGUUACUGAAAUGCACCAUACUAUAAUAUUUUCUUUUUCCCCAUGUUUUCACGCUCAAUGAGAUCGUUUGAAAUGUUUCGCAGGAGAUUCAUACUUGAUUGCGUUUAUUUUGUCACUUUUUUUUGCACAUAUAAAACCUGAUGUCUUAAAAGUAUAUUCCGGGUUCAAUACAAGAUAAAUGUUGUCGAUUGUGCUCAUCUUUUAUUGAACCCAAAAUAUUCCUUAAAACUGCCAUUCACUUUGAAUCUCCAAGUAUCCACAGUCAUGGGAUCCACACCAAAGGUGAAGUUUCCUCACAGGUACUAUCAGAUGUGAUGUUUAAAAUGUUCAUGAGUGGAUCGAUUUGUGUGCAAGUGUCCAUUGCAGACAUCAGAGGUUUAAAUUUGUGUUUUUUUGGGAACUUUGGGAAGCCAAAAAGAAUGAUGGAAGCACUUUGCUUUUUAAUGUUGUGUCCGUUCUGAUUUCUGAAAUUGCUGCGAAUAUUCAGCUGAUUAUAUUGUGAUUUUUAAAUUAGCACCUCUUUAUAUAUUGUUACAGAUAAUGAAUCAUGUUUUGGUACUUUCCACGAAUAUGCUACAAAUUGGUGUCCUAUUACGUUUUUAAAGCAAUAAAGACAUGAAUUCCAUGUUCAAUAGAGGCAGAGCAAUUAAAUAUGUUAGAUAAAGUAUAAUCUAACAUAAAAUUAACAUAAGAAUCCUUAAAUGUCUGCACCAAUGUCUUAAAAUGUUGAAUUUACACUUUCCCACCUCAGAGGUCUUGGCCUUCUCGACUCUAUACAAUGAUUUAAAAUCACAACAGUGUCAUAUUUCUGGCAAACUGUUGAUUUGAUAUCCAAUACUUUUAACCAAUUUUUUUUCAUGAAGUAACAUCAUUUGGACUCUUUCUACAUCAAGGCGGGAAAACAAGCAAACAAUGUCAUUCCAUUCCUUCAAAUUGUAGUGUUCAAUGUAUUUGUCAAGCUCAACCGUUCAACCUUGUUUCCAUAGUUAUUUCAAAUUUUUCAAAAAAGCUAUCAAUCAAUAAGUACAUGCCAAAAUCCCUACUUUUAUUACCCUUUAUAGUCAUUUUUUAUUUAAUUUGUUUUACUUUUUCAUUUAUACAAAUUAAAUAAGUUGACAUUUUUGGGAAAAGUUUGUAAAACUUCAUUUUGUAAUAUUUCAAGUCCUCUUUGGUACCCUGUUUGUGGAAAGUGCCAAUUAACUUUUGAAGCCUAUAUAAGAUAGGAUUUGUUUUGGAACGUAAAUAUUCUCAAUUCAGUUAGUCUCAUGAAUGUUGUACAGACACACAAUGAGAAACACAAAUAUAGUGUUAGUAUAAUCGGUUUGUACAGGGCACCUUGUUAACACUAGGAAGGUCCCUUUUUAUGCAUCCGCUUUUGGCAAAAUAACAAAAAUAAAAACAAAAAGCACAUUUAUUUUAUCAUACCUUUCUCAGGAGUUACAGGCUACCAAAUCUGUUGUUAAAGUUUAUUAAGAUUUCUUUUUUUGUUAGAUUUUUCUGUUUAUUAUAUUAUAAGAUGAUGUUUUCUUAAUCUAUAAUGUCUUUUGGUGAUUUAGUCAGUUGGUAUCACAGAGCAAUUCUUAUUCAAACCGUCUUGUACUGUACGUGAUCCAUAAUAUCCUGUGGUUCACAAUAACUACCGGUAAUCCAGAAAUGUAAAAUUGUACAAAACCUGUAUAGAAAAACAAUACAAGAUGGUUGUGUGUAGUUUCUAUAACAGAUGCCAUACCUACUGUUUGUUAAUUUAGCAAUCAUAUGCAUGGCUAGAACAUUAUUGUUUGUGAAUAUUACAGCAGUCGAAAUGGAUUAAACAGAAUAGACACAAAGAAUUACACAAACACUUCUCCGGAUGAUCAUUUCUGGGUGAAUCUGCCUUACCAUGCAAACUUCGGGAUUGCCUUUUUUAACUUUCAUCAUUGAUCUUAUAUUUUUUUAAGUGAACAUUUACCCGCUUUCACACAGUACAUGUAUUGUGAAUAUGGUUUCAUUUGACACGACUAAAUAAAGACAUUUAAUUCACAGAUUUACAUGAAGUUUUGAAUUGAUCUCACCUACAUUCUUUACACAGUCCUAUGUGUAUUGAUGAUAAAUAAUGAAAAAAAUUAAAAUCACAAAAUUCAACUUAUUGAAUACAAUGGUUACC